AUGCCAUUUAUCCGGGCGCGCAUCAUUGAAGACCAACUUCGCGACCUGGAGGGAAUAAGCAAGGUGGAGCUGCUGGGCUUUCCGGCCGAAGAGAUAGUGAUAGAGGUAGAUGAAGAGGCCCUGAGAAGCUAUAACCUCAGCUUUGAACAAGUGGGGCAGGCGGUGGCCGCCAACAAUUUCGACAUUACGGGGGGCACGGUAAAAACCGACACGGAGGAGCUCUUGAUUCGCGCGCGUUACAAAGACUAUGAUCCCAGUGGCUUACUGGACAUUGUUGUUCGGGCCAACCGCGAGGGAAGCAUUGUGCGCCUCAUAGAUGUGGCAACCGUGCGCAAGCAGUUUGCCGAUGAAGCCACGGGAAUUGAAUUGGACGGGCAAAGCGCGGUUCAGAUUCAAAUACAGAAUACCGAUUCGGAAGAUAUUCUCUCAACCGCCAUAAAAAUAAGAGCCUUUGUGAGUGAAUUUAACGCGCAAAACAGCGCCCUCCAGGCAACCAUUGUAAACGAUCGGGCCGAUGUAUUGGAGCAACGCAAAUCAUUGCUCAUAGAAAACGGCAUCAUUGGCAUCGUGCUGGUUUUACUAUUGCUUUCCCUGUUUCUCCACGUGCGCAUAGCCUUUUGGGUGGCGGCUGGCCUGCCGGUGUCCUUUUUCGGCAUGUUUAUUCUGGCCCAUUAUUUCGGGGCAACCAUCAAUGUAAUUUCCCUGUUCGGGAUGAUUGUGGUUGUGGGUAUUUUGGUUGACGAUGGCAUUGUGGUUAGUGAAAAUAUUUAUCAUCACUACGAAAAAGGCAAAAACCGCAUCCGGGCGGCCAUUGACGGCACGCUGGAGGUUUUGCCCGCGGUAAUUUCUGCGGUGCUCACCACCAUGAUUGCCUUUGCCAGCUUCUUUUUUAUUGACGGUACUGCGGGCGAUUUUUUCUCAGAAAUGGCCUUUAUCGUUAUCGCCACUCUGGCCGUUUCGCUCAUUGAGGCGCUCAUCAUCUUACCCGCGCAUAUUGGCCACAGCAAAGCCCUUAGUUUGCACUACAAGAAAAACAAACUGGAAAAGUGGCUGGACAGAGCCAUGGCAUAUCUGCGUGAAAACCUGUAUCGCCCGGUAAUAACUUUUAGCCUAAAGUAUAAAUUUAUUGCCCUGAGUAUAGCGGCCGGAUUGUUUAUCAUUACCCUUGGCGCCAUGCAGGGCAAGAUUAUCCGCAUCAGCUAUUUUCCAUUUAUUGAUCGCGAUAAUUUUGAGGUUCAACUAAAGAUGCCGGCCGGCACCCGCAAAGAAAUUACCGCCCAGUACCUCAACAAAAUAAGGCUGGCCGCCAAGGAAGUAAAUGAUAGCUUGCGCGAUGUAGUGAAAAACCAACUGAAGGAGGAGAUGAAGCAGUUUAGUGAGCUGCGCGAUGUGGUUGACAAUGACCUGGAGGGCGUAAAGGAGGUGCGCCUGAAACUAAAAGACAAGGCUUUCCUGCUAGGGCUCAACCCCGCAAUGGUUAUGCAGCAAGUGCGCAAUGGUUUUUUUGGUUACGAGGUACAGCGCCUUCAAAUUAAGGAAGACGAGGUAAAAGUUUGGGUGCGAUACAGCGACCAGGAGCGCUCCAGCCUAUACCACCUGGAAAACAUGUUUAUCCGCACCGCUCAGGGCGGAAAGUACCCACUCAGUGAAAUUGCCGACUACACCGUAGCGCGCGGCCCGCUAAAUAUCUAUCACCUCAACGGCAAGCGCGAAAUUAAGGUUGAAGCUGAUUUAGCCGACCCCAACGGUUCGGCUCCGGACGCCAUUGAUCGCAUUCGCACGGAAGUGCUAGAACCGCUCUUGGAAAAAUACCCGGAAAUUCAG